CAGGAGGAGCCCGCGGGAGAGGAACCCCGAGCACCCCGCGCCGCAGCCGCCGCAGCCCGUGCGCCCCGUGCCCCGCGCGCCAUGGCCAAGGAAGGCGUGGAGAAGGCGGAGGAGACGGAGCAAAUGAUCGAGAAGGAGCCAAGCAAGGAGCCGGCGGAGGGCGGCGGCGGCGAUGGCUCGCAUCGCCUCGGGGAUGCUCAGGAGAUGCGCGCCGUGGUGCUGGCCGGCUUCGGCGGGCUCAACAAGCUGCGGCUCUCCAGGAAGGCCAUGCCCGAGCCGCAGGACGGCGAGCUCAAGAUCCGCGUCAAAGCCUGUGGUUUGAACUUCAUUGACUUGAUGGUGCGACAAGGGAAUAUUGACAACCCUCCCAAGACUCCCCUGGUGCCCGGAUUCGAGUGUUCUGGGAUCGUUGAAGCUCUGGGAGACAGCGUGAAGGGAUACGAGAUCGGGGACCGUGUCAUGGCCUUUGUCAAUUACAACGCCUGGGCUGAAGUGGUCUGCACGCCAGUGGAGUUUGUCUACAAGAUCCCAGAUGACAUGAGCUUCUCUGAGGCAGCCGCGUUCCCCAUGAACUUCGUCACAGCAUACAUGAUGCUCUUUGAAGUGGCCAACCUGCGGGAGGGGAUGUCUGUGCUUGUGCAUUCAGCCGGUGGUGGAGUGGGCCAAGCUGUGGCUCAGCUGUGUUCCACCGUACCCAAUGUGACCGUCUUUGGAACGGCAUCUACUUUCAAGCAUGAAGCAAUCAAAGAGUCCGUGACCCACCUCUUUGAUCGAAAUGCAGACUACGUGCAAGAAGUCAAAAGAAUCUCCGCUGAAGGUGUGGACAUCGUCUUGGAUUGCCUGUGCGGGGACAACACUGGGAAAGGCCUCAGCCUUCUCAAGCCCCUGGGAACCUACAUUUUAUAUGGUUCGUCCAACAUGGUAACUGGAGAGACCAAGAGCUUCUUCAGCUUUGCUAAAUCAUGGUGGCAGGUGGAGAAAGUGAACCCCAUCAAGCUGUAUGAAGAGAACAAAGUCAUCGCGGGGUUCUCCCUCUUACACCUGCUCUUCAAACAGGGCCGAGCAGGCCUCGUUCGAGGUGUGGURGACAGACUCAUAGGCCUGUACAACCAGAAGAAGAUCAAGCCGGUGGUGGACUCCUUGUGGGCCCUGGAGGAGGUGAAGGAGGCCAUGCAGCGGAUCCACGACCGAGGGAAUAUCGGGAAGUUGAUUCUGGAUGUGGAAAAGACCCCGACUCCACUGAUGGCCAACGACAGCACAGAGACCAGCGAGGCGGGGGAAGAAGAGGAGGACCACGAGGGCGACAGUGAGAACAAGGAGCGGAUGCCCUUUAUCCAGUAGCCCAGGACCAGACAGGAGGAUGUGAAGGACGGUUUGGAAGAAGAGGACCCGCUGCGAAUCUCUUCUCCGCCCCAGUGAACACAUGCUGUAGUCCCUGCGUGUCGUGUUCGUCUGCAGUCAGCUGAGCUAAGAAGCUGUUGAUCGCUGUUGUUUUUUGGAAUUAAGUGCCAAGCCCAUUUCCAUGCAGUAUUAUGUCCCUUCCCGAUCUGUGUAUCACACUCUCCCCUCUCCCUGGUAUCCAAACCAUCCAUCUUCAGGUCCUUCUUGAUGGUUCUAGAAUAGCCUU